AAUUUACGAGGAGCCUAAAAUGCACCAUUUGCCAGACCCGGCCGUUACUCUGACCGUUAAUGUAAACUAGCGAUGAAACAAGUGAUAGUUAUCUGCCAAAGGCUUACCUAAAACAUACAACUUUUCCACUCGGACCUUUAACUUCACUCCAUAAUGAAAAAAGCAACACCAGUGGCAGAAAAGCUGAUUCCAAUAACAUUAAACACUAGGGCAGUUAACAACAGCAAGGGACCUAAACAGGCAACAACCCAAGAGACGCAAGGUGCACCUGCAAAUCAAGACAAAUCUCCACCAAGAAAGAGAAAAACUACCUCGAGACCUACCACAUCCAUUCUGGAGUCAGCAGAUUUAUUUGAGGCUACAACCACAGGUGGAAGUAGAGAGGUCAACAUGCUGUGUUCAGAAUUUGCUGAAGUGUUAAGUGAGAGAGCUGCAGCAGAUACCUUCCAGAUGAAGGAGCUGGAGGACAUUUUGACAGAAGCUCAAAACCUCGAGUCCUACCUUAAAGAAAAGAAAAAACAUCUGAGGCAAACAUUGGAUCUGAUUUCUGAUAAGCUGCAGGGUUAAAUUUGCUGCAUCUACAUAAUUAAGCAGACCUCUUGUUCUUGUUUUACUGAAAAGUAGUUUUUCUGUCAAGAACAGCUUUAGACUGUGUCUUCUGCAGUUCAAAUGUUAGUCAUAUUAACUAAUACUCAGUACUUACAAUACUUUAAAUAUAAAAUAUACUAAUGUAUGUUAAAUGUUAUAAGGUUAGUAAGUGAUAAGUUUUUGUAAAAACUCAUUUUGAAUAGGAUAUUAUUUAUAUUUUUCCUCAACACAUCACAAUUUCACUUUUGA